AUGAUGUACAUGCAGGAUGCAGAGGGCUCCACCUGUCUGCACCUCGCUGCCAAGAAGGGUCACUAUGAUGUAGUUCAGUAUCUGCUUUCAAAUGGACAGAUGGACGUCAACUGUCAGGAUGAUGGCGGCUGGACGCCCAUGAUUUGGGCCACUGAGUAUAAGCAUGUGGAGCUCGUGAAGCUACUGCUGUCCAAGGGUUCCGACAUCAACAUCCGGGAUAACGAGGAGAACAUCUGCCUGCACUGGGCUGCGUUCUCGGGCUGUGUGGACAUAGCCGAGAUCCUCCUGGCUGCCAGGUGUGACCUCCAUGCCGUGAACGUCCACGGAGACUCGCCUCUGCACAUUGCUGCCAGGGAGGACCGCUACGCCUGUGUCCUCCUCUUUCUUUCUCGGGAUUCAGAUGUCACCUUGAAAAACAAGGAGGGAGAGACACCCCUGCAGUGUGCAAGCCUCAACUCCCAGGUGUGGGAUGCGCUGCAGAUGAGCCGGGCGCUGCGAGACGCAGCCCCUGACAGGCCUGUCCCGAUGGAGAAGACGGUGAGCAGAGACAUUGCUCGAGGCUAUGAGCGAAUCCCCAUCCCGUGUGUCAACGCUGUGGACAGCGAGCCGUGCCCCAGCAACUACAAGUAUGUUUCUCAGAACUGCGUGACGUCUCCCAUGAACAUUGACAGAAACAUCACCCAUUUGCAGUACUGCGUGUGCAUCGAUGACUGUUCUUCCAGCAACUGCAUGUGUGGCCAGCUCAGUAUGCGCUGCUGGUACGACAAGGACGGCCGGCUGCUGCCGGAGUUCAACAUGGCGGAGCCGCCCUUGAUCUUCGAGUGCAACCACGCCUGUUCCUGCUGGAGAAGCUGCCGGAACCGCGUCGUGCAGAACGGCCUCAGGGCAAGGCUGCAGCUCUACCGGACACAGAACAUGGGCUGGGGCGUGCGGUCCCUGCAGGAUAUCCCCCUGGGCACCUUCGUCUGCGAGUAUGUCGGGGAGCUCAUCUCUGACUCGGAAGCUGACGUUCGGGAAGAAGACUCUUACCUCUUUGAUCUUGACAACAAGGAUGGCGAGGUAUACUGCAUCGAUGCUCGGUUCUACGGGAACGUCAGCCGCUUCAUCAACCACCACUGCGAGCCCAACCUCGUGCCUGUGCGUGUGUUCAUGUCACACCAGGACCUGCGGUUUCCCAGGAUUGCCUUCUUCAGCACCCGCCUGAUUGAGGCUGGGGAGCAGCUGGGGUUUGACUAUGGGGAGCGCUUCUGGGACAUCAAGGGCAAGCUGUUCAGCUGCCGGUGUGGCUCCCCCAAAUGCCGGCACUCCAGCAUGGCCCUGGCACAUCGGCAGGCCAGCGCCACCCAGGAGGGCCAGGAGAACGGCCUGCCUGACACCAGCUCCUUCGCCGCCGACCCCCUAUGAGUGGCAGCCGGCCGGGGCACCGAGCGUCGGUGCUGCUCACACUGCGGUUGGAGAGGAAGGAGAAGCGGGUGCCCGAAGGCCCCGACCUGGGGCUGCAGGGAUGUGGGCCGCAGCUGCGAGGCCCCGGCGUGGCGGCCCGUGGGCUGGGGGCGGGCGCUUUGGAACACUCUGGGAUUCGGCGCUGGCGUGACCUUGUGAGUUUCUGAUGAUGGUUUUGUCGUUUCCACGUUUCUCAUUCCCCUUCUGCUCCCCUGGUUCCCGUUCCACUGUGGGGCUUGUUGGUGAAGUCCUGUGGGCCCAGGCCCCCCGCGUGGCACCCACCGAAGGCACAGUCACCCGCAAGCUGCUCCGUUAGACCUGCCUGCCCGAGGCCUGCGUGGCAGGUGCCAGUUCCUGGGCGCUGCGCAGACGCCGUCCCCACCUCGACCUAGGAGAGGUCAGGGCCGAGCCGUCCCUAACUUUGGAGAAAACGUGGGUUUGCUUUUUAAAGAAGUCCUAUAUCUAGUCCUAUAUAUCAGACCUCUAAUGCAUUUCUUUCCAAGGAAGCGGUUUGUUGGGUGCAGGAGGGCCGCGGCCCACGGAGGACCCCGCACCAGCCCUGCCAGCUCAGUGACGCUGGCACCUUCUGUUGAUUUUUAAACCACAUGCUAUGAUGAUGAAUAAACUGAUUUAUUUUCUACCAUUAUUGAACAUUAGGACAAAUAAAAAACACAAAACACAGACAACGGUGCUGAUUCUGGUGUGGUUUCUACUCACCAUGUGAAAAUAAACUAUCAACUGUAUAAAGAGAACAAAGUGAUUUUAGAAUAAAAUGCAGGAAGAAACUUUUUUUAAAAUGUUAGUCUUGUCGUGGAAUAAAUUUGCCAUCACCUUUUGUGUGACGGCUGCCAGGUCAUAUACUUUUUUAAAUACUGUAACUAGUGCAGUAGCAGAGUGGGGUUUUGUGCGGCUCUUCUAAAACAUUCAUGAUGCAGUCAUGUUUAUUUUUUUCUGUUAAAAUGUUUUUGACAGUUUUAAGAGCAGUCUUUUGGCUCAGACCAUUUCUUGUUCUGUUUUCAAUGAAAUCAAUAAAAAAAAAGUACUUUAAAUGAG